UUUAGUCGGUCGAAGUCACGCGAAGCCCAAUCCCAUCAUGUCCAGUAAAGUGCGAUGGGCUGUUUGGCUCGGUUUUGUUCUCAGUUUUUACGUUGUCCGCACCGAAGGUGUUUCGUGCUCGCGGAUAGAUUUUGACCAAGCAACGCUCACUUACCUCUCGCGAUGUACGUUCUACCAAGAGUUUGUAUCAAAGCCAUACCGAGAAUCUUUGAAUUUUCAGCACUUUCGGGAAGAUGCAAAUUACUAUCUCUCAAAUCAGUGGGAAGGACUGACCUGUGGAGAAACCGUGGAUAGUUUCAGUUUGAACCAGGACACCGAAUUCAGAAUGGUGUACAACCUGAUAUUUGAAAGCGGAGCCACUUUGGAGGUACGUAUCCUCGAUUUGGAUCGGCUGGAUAGUGAAAGUAAUCCAACGGUGGUGAUUCGCUGGAAAACCGAACAAGCCACUUCCGGCUGGGGAUUAUUUCGGGAAAAAAUGGACAAAACAGUUAAAAGAGCAAAGAUUCAAAUCGAGGCUAAUAUGAACCACGGGAGCGAUCUUGCUAUAGAAUACUUUACCGUGUUCAAUUAUGAAGUGGAAACAAACGAAUGUAAUGCAAUAGAUGAAUUUGCUCCGACGACAACAACUACCACUACCACAUCGAGUACACUUCCUUCAAGCACCUCAACAACCCUUGAAGCUACAACAUCUACCACGUACGAGAUCACUUCCACCCCAGAAAUGUCAACAGCAUAUUCACAAAGAGAUGAAACCACUACAACAUCUACACAAGUACCAUCUUCAACGGAAAUUCUCACAUCAACAGAAGUACCGACAUCAACAGUGAUUACAUCGUCUACGGAAAUAACAACGUCAAUAAUUCAAAGUACAACUUCCACUGAGACACCAACAACUACGGAAUAUUCAACUUCAACAGAAAUCCCAACAACAACAACAACAAUAAGCACACUAUAUUCAACAACAAGUACAAUAGCCACAACCAUUCCUGCACCGCUACCAAGCUCCAACGAAUGGGUUUGGAUUGCACUGGCAGCUCUAUUUGCUUCUCUAUUCUGCUUGGCAACCGCUGUUUCGGCGUAUAUUUACGCCAUGAAUAGGCAUCUUCUCGAUAUCUCCAAAAAGCUCAAGGAUCGGCAGCUUUACGGAGCUCAAUUUGGUUGCGAUCACAGCAGGCAAACAACGAACAAACGGGUGACGCUGAAGCAACCUAUUGUGUGA